AGGCGGUGCUCGGGCUGGGUGGCAUCCCGGUGGCGGGCUGCUGCAGCUCGGCGAGGCCGCCAGGCUGCGCUCUCGGGCCGGUUCGGAGCCUGGCGGCGUCCCCGGGCUGCCGGGGCUCCGGAGCUCCAGAGCCUCCCGGGGAGCGGGCGGUGCAGGCGGGCGGUCCCGGGACAGCGGCUGCCGCGGGAGGAGCCGGAGCUGCGGCUGCAGCAGGAGCAGCCCAGGCUGGGAGCUCCGGGCAGCUGAGCGCACCUGGGGCUGGACUUGGGGGCUUGCAGCCGGGCGCGGAGCCGCCGCUGCCCGGGGAGGGGGCGCGAGAUGCCGGCUGAGCCCCUCUCCCUGCCCGGCAUGACUCCGAGGGGCUCCGGCCGCUGGGGGCUGUGGGUCGGCCCCUUGGCUGCGCUCCUGUCUCUGCGAGGUCUGGUGAGCCCUCUAGAGGUGUCAGUGAGCUCAGGGAGUAUCCAGGUUGCUCGGGGACAGACGGCAAUCCUGCCCUGUACCUUCACCACUAGCGCUGCCCUCACUAACCUUAAUGUCAUCUGGAUGGUCAUUCCACUCUCCAAUGCCAACCAGCCAGAACAGGUUAUUCUCUACCAAGGGGGGCAGAUCUUUGGUGGUGCACCCCAGUUCUAUGGGCGAGUGGGGUUUGCAGGGACAAUGCCAACCACCAGUGCCUCCAUCUUCAUCAACAACACCCAGCUUUCGGACACUGGCACGUACCAGUGUUUGGUCAACAACCUUCCAGACCGAGGUGGCAGGAACAUUGGAGUCAUUGGACUCACCGUCUUGGUUCCUCCUUCUGCUCCGCUCUGCAGAAUUCAGGGGUCCCUGGAUGUCGGCAGCGAUAUUACCCUGACCUGCAACUCAGAAGAAGGCAUUCCUCGGCCGACAUACCUCUGGGAGAAGUUGGACAAUGCUCCCAGGCUACCCCCGACUGCCACGCAAGACCAAGUCCAGGGCACAGUCACCCUCCGGAAUAUCAGCACUGUGUCCUCCGGUCUUUACCAGUGCGUGGCUUCUAAUGCCAUCGGAACCAGCACCUGCCUUCUGGACCUGCAAGUCAUUGCACCUCAUCCCCGGAGCGUUGGCCUGAUUGCUGGAGCUGUUGCCACGGGUGCAGUUGUGCUCAUUGUUUGCAUUGUCUUGGUGGCUGUGGCACUGGUUUACUGGAAGAACAAACACAAGGAGGAAGAAGAGGAGGAGAUUCCCAAUGAGAUAAGGGAGGACGACCUGCCACCCAAAUGCUCUUCGGCCACAAAAGCGUUCCAUGGUGAUGCGUCCUCCUCGGAGAAUGACACCCUCACCUCCUCCAACACCUACAACAGCCGCUACUGGAACGACCCCAAAGCCAAUCAUGCCACAGACUCCUUCACCCGCUUCAGCAAUAACAACGACGUGCGCCAGCCCUUCUCCCGCUCCGGGAGCACCAACGCUCGCCCUGUCUAUGCCAACGGAGGCCACCCAUCCCCAGCUCCACCCAAGACGCUGGUGGUGACGGCCAGCACGGCACCGUCCCCACAGGAGGUGGCCAGGAGCAAUGGCUCAGUCAGCCGCAAGCCAAGGCCUCAGCACACACGCUCCUAUGCCGUGAGCCAGGCGACGUUGGAGAGGAUAGGGGCUGUGCCUGUCAUGGUGCCAGCCCAGAGCCGGGCAGGCUCCCUAGUGUAGGAAGUGAGAGCGGGUGUAAGGAAAGCAAGAAGCUAUUGUACCAGAUGGGGUGAAGAUCUGGCCAAGAGACCCUUCUCUUCCUCCCUGAAAUGGGAUGAAGGGGGAGACGUGCUUCUGCCUGGUGCCCGCCCCCCUUCACUAGACUUUAACCUACCAAUGAGAUGGUCCUUUCUUCGCCACGCCACCCUCGGGAUCUCAGGGGGCUCCUCCACACCAGCUGGAUCUCUCAGAUGUGCCAAGGCUAUGGGAGGGGCCCCAAGGGUGCCAGGCCCUUGCAGGGGAUGCUCGUUUGUUUCUAAUCUCCACCUGAUGUGGGGUUUGGGGUUUUUUGAUUUCCAAAGAGUGGCCGAGUUAGGUGGGGUUCGUGAGGAGAGCCGGAAGGGGCAGGGGAAGGGGAAGGAGGGGCCUUCCGUGGAAGGACAUCAGCUCUACUGCGCACGUGCCCACCGCCAGGCCAAGAAUGGGCAAUGGAAUCAGAGAGGUGAGCGAGGAGACGCUGGCCAUGCCAGGCCGAUUUCAAAGGGCAAAGGCAGAGAGAGAGACCCACCAGCCAGAGCAGAGCAGAAGGGGCGGGGGAUGGGUUUGGACGUUCGUCUAUUUAUUUAUUUCUGUUUCCUUCUCUCUUCACACUGGACGGUUUCCUGCACUAGUUCUGGAUGCUUCUGGAGCCCCAUUCGCCUCCUUGGAAACCGCUGCCAUCGGGGCCUCGUUCCCCAAGAAGCCGCGUGGAAGGAGGAUGUGUGGCUGCUGCAGCAGGAGUUUUCUCAGAGGCGUAAAGGAAUCGAGUGGGGGUGGGAAGCAGCAGACAGCUCCUGCCGGGCUGGCCAAAAGCCUCCGUGGCUGAAGAGCCGCACUGUUUCUAGGCGUGUGGCUUAAAUUCCCAAUGAGCUGGGCUUAGCUUUGGCCUUUGCAUGGCAGGUUCUCCCUACUGGGCUGUUCGGGGCUGGCCUGCAUGGUCCUAGCACGGUGCUUGUUGAACUGGGGAGGCCCUGGCACUGAGGCAUCAUAUUUACUCCUCCCUUGCUGGAUGCUGGGAUUGUCGGGGUUUGGUUUUAAAUACUGCUCUUU